AGUUCACUCUAGCUUUCACUUUCUUCACUGUCUAUGGUCACGCCCUCCCGUCUUCCUCUCUGCCAAUCAGAGAUGACGCUUUUGUUUCGUAGGACGCUUGCUAACGGAAGUAGCAGUGAUACCGCAGUUGGGACAAACAACCUCAGUCUUUAUAUAUAAGAUGGAGGUGGAUCAGUUGCUGUCUCUCUCUGGUUCAGCUCUGGCUCAGGCCAUAAGCUCUCUGCUGGAAACCCCAGGCCUAUAUGUUUUCUCAGAUAUACUAGAACUGCCCAAUGUCCGUGAGCUGGAGACGGGUCCCCAUGCUCCAGUCUACCAGCUUCUCAAUCUUUUUGCGUAUGGAACCUACUGCGACUACAAAGAGAGAGCAGCUUCACUUCCUGAGCUUACGCCUGCCCAAAAGAACAAACUUCGUCACCUGUCAAUUAUCAGUCUGGCCUCCAACCUAAAGUGUCUGCCAUACUCGCUGCUCCUCCAGCAGUUGGAGUUGAAGAAUGUGCGUGAGCUGGAGGACCUGCUGAUCGAGGCUGUUUACAGUGACAUUAUCCACGGCAAAUUGGACCAGAGGAACCAGCAGGUGGAGGUAGACUGCAGCAUAGGUCGAGAUCUGGGACCCAAUGAAUUACCCAACAUUGUCAACACACUGCAGGAGUGGUGUGCAGGCUGUGAAGCAGUGCUGUGUGGCAUUGAGGAGCAGGUGUCCAGAGCAAAUCAGUACAGAGAAAGCCAGCUCAAGGUCAAAGUUCAGGUGGAGACAGAGGUGUCAAACCUACAGAAAACCCUUAAAGCAAGCUCAGCUUCCCCAUCAUCCGGGCCUGCACCCGCUGGGGCGGCAUCCAAUCAGGAUGCAGAUCAGCCCGCUGAGCCAAGAGACCCUGCUUCCUCUCAAGAGCCACGGCAACCAGGAAAAAAGAGUUCAAAGGUCAAAGGGUAAGGCUGCGUGGAAGUGGAAAGAUUUGGUCAAAAUCGAAUUGAUCUUGAAGAGGUCCGAUCAGUCUCCAAUAACCUGCUCACAGACAGACAGUCAUCUUUCAGGAAAGCUUGCUGGAUAGAUAAACAACCGAUGGUUGAUUUUUAGACACAAGCCAUCAACUUCUAAUACAAAUAAAAGACUCUUACACAGUGCUGUGUGUGUGUGCGCGCAUGUGUGUGUGUUUGGAUAUGUAUGCAGUAAAUGUCAUAUAAUUUGACUCGUGUUAAGUUUUGCUUUGUGUGUGUUUUUGUUCUUUAUUAGAUCUGGAUGUUAAAACGAUGACACCAAUGAAUAAAUGAUAUCCAUCUGU